GGGGAGCGCAGCGCGGCGGAGCGGAGACCGGCCGGGCCGCGGCCGGUGAGAGCGGCGGAGCGCGGGAGCGGCGGGCGGCUCCGCGGGGCCCGGCAGCCGCCGCGGGGCAGCGAGGCUUGGGCGGGCCCUGCCGGCGGGGCGGGCUGCGCUGCGCUGCGCUGCGCUCGGCGGGACUCUCCGGCGGGGCCGGUGCCUCCCCGCGGGCCGGGCGCCAUGGCCGCGGACUCGGAGGUGCUGCACUUCCAGUUCGAGCAGCAGGGCGAUGCGGUGCUGCAGAAGAUGAACCUCCUGCGGCAGCAGAACCUCUUCUGCGACGUCUCCAUUUAUAUCAACGACACGGAGUUCCAGGGGCACAAGGUGAUCUUCGCCGCCUGCUCCACCUUCAUGCGGGAUCAGUUUCUGCUCAACCAGUCCCGGCAGGUGCGGAUCACCAUCCUGCAGAGCGCCGAGGUGGGCAGGAAGCUGCUGCUCUCCUGCUACACCGGGGCUCUGGAAGUCAAAAAGAAGGAGCUCUUGAAGUACCUGACCGCCGCCAGCUACCUGCAGAUGGUUCACAUCGUGGAGAAGUGUACCGAGGCUUUGUCGAAAUACCUGGAGACCGAUGCUUCCAUGGAGAGCGGUGAGCAGGCUGCGGAGGGGUGUCAUUCCUCGGAUGCUGAACUGAGAAACAGGGAUGAGCUUUUAGAGAAAGACUGUGAAAUAAUUGAGAUCUCUGAAGACAGCCCAGUGACCGUAGAAUACCCUGUGAAACAGGAGAAGGGGGACAUCUCACGGCCCGCAGCACAGAGCUUGAUCUCAGAAAGAAAGGACGCAAAAACCCCAGAAGUAUCAACGGUUGAAAUCGGAUACAAGGAUGAUGAAAUCUGUAUCUUCAGAAUGGAUUCUAUGAGUGUAGCAAAUGUGGAAAACGAUCAUUUUCCUCAGCCUUGCACAUCCUCUAAAACCAACUUAUAUUUUCCAGAAACUCAGCAUUCCUUGAUAAAUUCGACAGUUGAAAGCAGAAAUACAGAAAUGUCAGGAAAUCACUUCCAGGCUUUUGUCAGUGACAACGCAGAAGGAACUUCUAGUCUGGUGAAUGGGCUCCAGAGCCUGGAGGAUUCUGGCAAUUCGUGGCGGCACCAGUGUCCAAAGUGUCCGAGGGGAUUUCUGCAUCUUGAGAACUAUCUCAGACAUCUGAAAAUGCACAAACUCUUCUUGUGUUUGCAGUGCGGCAAAACAUUUACGCAAAAAAAGAAUCUCAACAGACAUAUCCGGGGUCACAUGGGCAUCCGGCCCUUCCAGUGCAUGGUGUGCUUGAAGACCUUCACUGCCAAGAGUACCCUCCAGGAUCACCUGAACAUCCACAGCGGCGACAGGCCCUACAAGUGCCACUGUUGUGACAUGGACUUUAAACACAAGUCCGCUCUUAAAAAGCAUUUAACUUCAGUUCAUGGAAGGAGCAGCAGCGAAAAACCAAACCUGAACACUAUUACGAAAGUUAAAAUAGACUAUGAUUAACAGAAGGGUGUUGUGGAGCCAGGCUCCACAAAAAGCUCCUGCCUAGUGACAUCCUAGAUACAGAUCCCCACAUGAUGGAGAGAAGCACAAAUAUGUGACUGGUGAGCAGAGAGCCCUGCGAGAAGCAGACUUGCCUUUUGCAUUAAGAUUGCUAUUUUAAAUGCGAAAAAGGUGUUUGGUAGUUGAAAGUAAACUGCAAAAUACUGGAAACAAUUUCACGCUUUCGUUAUUCUGGACGCGUUCUGAUUUCCUCCCCCAAUUAUAUUUUAUGCUCCCCUGUUUCAAGGGCAGGCGCUGCCGAUUUUCAAACUGUCAGUGAUAUUGCAAUAAGCUGAAGCCUGAGCCGUGAUGUUCCUGAUGUAGAAUGGUUAAGGAAAGGCGAUGUUUGUGUUUAUUAAGCAAGAGAGUCAUUCCCACCCAGCUCAUGUACCAUUUCUGGUGAAAUCACCUCCUUACUUGCCCAGACUUUGCUAAUCUUUCAGCAGAAAGAAGGCAUGUUUUCAUAAGCAAGUCUGUGAUAUUUAAGAAAGACCGCACAAGCAAACAAAAACUAGUCAAGGAAGCUUUCAAAUUGCCUCUUGCCAAUAGAGAAUUGGUAACAGAAACAGGAUUGUCUUGCGGUUCAUUUUUAACUGGAUAGUCUCAUUAGAACCAUUUGCUUUCAGUUUUAUGAAUGAGUGCUGAUUUUUUCUAAACUCUGUUCUUCUAAUUUUUUUCUGUCAUCCCAGCGUUUAGUGACUAAUUCCAGUUCAGUUGGUCCUGUUUGUUGAGUUGUAACAUUUGCCUUCGUUUUUUACAAAUCCUAGACAUGUACACUGAUGUGAAACAUUAAGCUGUGUGCUGUUAUGUAAUAGCAGUUUCUACGUUAAUUUUCAAAAAUAAUCCUUUAUAUCUUAUUAGGAAUGGCUUAGACAUAGAGGUCUUCUCAUACUCUAAUUCUGUGAUACAGUAAACCCGUAACUAGCUGUGUUUGGAUAGAUGUGUUUGUACUUUGUCAAAGGUCAUUUCAGUUUCAUUGCAAGCAUUGGAAGCCCCAUAAUGCAGAAUCUUUAUCCUGUACCUGUCUUUGACUGGAAUGUGUUUCUUCUACUUAAUGUGAUAUGAAUAAAGAGUCAAUGCAGUUGUUAAUAUGAGGUCAUGGUACUUACAUUAGAUGCUGUCUAGUUAGCAAACAGCAGUAGUUGUUGCUCGUGCCUGUACCAUGAGGAUACGCUUUCCUCCGGGUUUCAGAAGUGCUGUUACAAAGUUCUUGCUCUGAGUCCCGAAGUCUGGCCCGUGUGCUCCAUCAUCUGGCUGUUUUAACAAUAGUUGUUAAUGUCAGUUAGCAGUUUGCAUUUCCUUUCCUUCCCCGUGUGAGUACACCAGCCAUUGUUUGGGGGUUUAUUUAUCAGCUACGGGAGGGGUUAGGUGGAUACAACAUCUACCGUGCAGGUCCCUGUUCUUAUCUGUAAUGUACAUGGGCAGCUGUGCCAGCUUUAUUACUGUCUUCAUCUAUGGGAAAAUUUAGUUGAAGAGGUUUUAAAACUUGUUACAUUAGUGUUUUUUUUAAAUUUUCACGAUAAUUACUAUAGUUGAAAGGUUUGAGUCAGGUAUGGUACAACUGCCUGACAUUUUGCCAAAAAAAUGUGUUUUAUAGCACUGUCUUCUGUUUGCAUUCAUUAGUCUGUCACUGUUUACAGCCUUUGUGAUUUGUACAGUUUGCUUGUUUUUCACAUAAUACCAUUCAUUUUGGUUCUUCAUUGCAUAAAGUUAAGGGUCUGAUUUUCAAAAGCAUGCUAAUACCUGCACUUGCCCUUCCUGUAUUUACAGAUGUUAACUUGGGUAUAUGUACAGGUUUGUAUGUAGCUUUUCGUGUGUGUCUACAGACCAUCUUAGUUACUUAAAAUAAACCCCUUCAUCCCUGGAAGAAAUUGUAAAACAAGGAAAAAGUUUAACUCCCUCUCCUCAUCCUUUUUACAUUGGGCUGCUAUUACUAUAGUUCAGUCAAUAAAUAUAUUGUGCAUUUAUGGGACAGAUUUGGUUCAACUGUGCCUAUAUUGCUUCAGUUAGUAUACAUUUUUGGCAGGCAUAUGAUUAUUAUUGAUAACACUUACAAAGAUCAUUCUUUGGUUUUUGUCAGACUGACUUUCCCAGGUUAUUUCCUGUGCAUCAAGGGAGAAGCAGAGGCUGAUCUCUUCAAGUCCAUCUUCUGUGGGAGCAGGACUGCGAGUUUUUUUGGUCUGUUGUUGUAUCGCAUGUGAACACGAGAGGGAAUUGCGCCGUGUCACGGGCCAGCAGCAUGUUCUGUUCAGUGGCUGGAAUGUCUUGGUAAGCUUUGUGAACAAAACCUGAUUAAAGGUGUUUCUUCUGCCCUUUCCACACGUGUAACCACUUGUCCUGUCAUAACGCAAUAAACGAAAUGCAAACAAAA